GCCUCCGCACCCUCUUCCCUCUUCCCUGUUCCCUUCCCCCUCCCCCUCCCGGCGGCGGCGGGGAUGACGCACGUCCGGCGCGGUCGGUGCACCAGGGCCCGCCCCCGGAGCUAUGCCCGCCGGCGUGCCCUGGCCCACCUACCUGCGGGCGCUGGCGGCCAGCAUGCUGGCCAUGUUCGCGGGGGCCGAGGUCGUGCACAGGUACUACAGGCCUGACCUUAGCAUACCUGAAGUACCUCCUAAGCCUGGAGAACUGAAAACAGAACUGUUGGGUCUAAAAGAAAGAUCAAGCGAAAUUCAGACUUCACAGCAGUGACCAGAGUUUAUUUUCAUUGUGAAAAUUAGAACUGAUAAAAUAUUUAUCCAACUUUUUAAGUUGCAGAAAUACAUAUGUGAAAUACUGUGCUCCUGUAAUGGGUUUUUGCUUUCCUUUACUCAGAGUUGUGGGCAGCAUUAAAAAUAAACAUACAGUGAAUGCUUUUGGUAAAAGUCCCAUCA